UUCCCUGCCCACGGUGAGCUGGGGAUACCCUUACUGGGAAAGAACAUUUAAAGAUGAAGGUGUUGCUGGUGUUGACAGUGGUGGCUGUGGUUACCUCGGCUGAAAAAGUACAUGGGGGAGGUCUGGCCCAUGGUGGAGGUCUGGCCCAUGGUGGGGGUAUCGUCUCCAGUGGUCCCGUCAUCCAUGGUGGAAUUGGAGGCCAUGGUGGAGGUGGACAAGUUAUCCAUGGUGGAAUUGUAGGCCAUGGUGGAGGUGGACGAGUUAUCCAUGGUGGAAUUGGAGGCCAUGGAGGAGGUGGACGAGUUAUCCAUGGUGGAAUUGGAGGCCAUGGUGGAGGUGGACAAGUUAUCCAUGGUGGAAUUGUAGGCCAUGGUGGAGGUGGACGAGUUAUCCAUGGUGGAAUUGUAGGCCAUGGUGGAGGCGGACGCGUUAUCCAUGGUGGAAGUAUAGGUCAUCAUGGCGGUGGAGGUAUCGUCCAUGGUGGUAGUUCCAUAGUCCAUGGUGUGGGUGGUGGAAGCUACGGUGACAGAAGAGUUGUCCAUAGUGGAACUGUUGGCCAUGGUGUUGGUGUGGCCAUUGGCGGUAGUCUACCAGUCUCCUCCAUCUCGCAAGGCAUCGUAGGUGGUCUAGUGGACUUGAGCAACGGCAACAGCGACUACCAUUUCUCCUGGGUCCAUGAUGGAGCCAACAAGUACACGGGGCAGGACGCCUUCUACUACUGCAGUAACCUCGGCCCAGAAUGGAGGGGCGUUAGUAUUGAGGACUACGAUGAGAGUGAGCUCAUCAACUCCAUUAUCACCUACCACAAACUGAAGUACAUCUGGACGGGUGGAUACCUGAGUGAGUAUGGAUGGAGGUGGCCCUCUGGGAACGAAUUCCGUGAUCUUAACUGGUCCUACACUGGAGCCACUGGACUGCCACAACCCGACAACCGUGAGAACCAUAACGAGAAGUGUCUGGCCGUUCUCAACCACUUCUAUCAGGACGGCGUCACCUGGCACGACAUUGCUUGCCACCACCAGAAGCCCAUCAUCUGUGAGCGUCCUAGGAUCUACAGCCACUCGUAGAUGUAACACACUAUUCCUUGGAGGCUUAAUUUGAGCACUGUCGUCUCCUAUAUAUACUGCACAGGGUAUAUGUUCGAAGGCCCACCCACAGCACUUAUUCUUCUCUACUUCAGAUAGUUCUCAAGUACACCUGUAUGGUGGUAUAUAAACUAAACUAAAAUUUCA